AUGGAGUCGCUCUCGUUGAAUGAGACUGGAAAGCAGCAGCAGGGCGAGGAGGCGACUGGUGAGGGGUACGGCCAGGUUACUUUCCGUGCUCUCAUUACCUCCAAGGAAGCCGGUAUCAUCAUUGGCAAGGCUGGUGCGGUCAUGGCCGAGAUGCGCGAAAAGACUGGUGUCAAAGCCGGUGUUUCGAAGAACACGGUUGGUGUGAACGACCGCGUUCUCACCAUGACCGGUGAAAUUGACGGCGUCGCGCGCUUUUUGAGUAUGUGCGCAGACAGAAUCGAUGCGGAGGGUUUCCACGCUGAGGCCGGAGCUGCUGUAGCCAAGAGUGCUGAGAUCAGGCUUUUGUGUCCGACGAGUUUGGUUGGGUAUGUUAUCGGCCGUGCAGGUGCUAGGAUCAAGGAGAUCCGUGAGACGUCCGGUGUCGAUAUCCACGUCGAGUCCAACGAGCUUCCCGGUUCCUCCGAGCGUAUCGUCGAGGUGAGGGGAAGUGGCGAGGGCGUCCGUACCGCCGUCUCCAAGAUCGGUGCCAUCUUGGCGGAAAACUGGGAGAGGGGAAUGGGAACGGUCUUGUAUAACCCCCUUGGGCACGAGCAGAAUGUGCAGAAGCGUAAUGUUGGGAACUACUUGUGGUCGAGAGGAGGUGAACGUAGCACUAGGGGUCCAUCGGAUCGGAGGUCCCAGCAGCCCCGGGAGUCCGCUGCGUCGCUUACCACCUCCACCAACGACGCCGAAGAGCCCUCCUCCACCACCACCGGCGACGAAAUCGUCCAAAACAUCUCCAUCCCCGGCGACAUGGUCGGCUGCAUCAUCGGCCGCGGCGGCUCCAAAAUCACUGAAAUCCGCCGCCUCUCCGGAGCUAACAUCAACAUUGCGAAAUUGCCCCACGAGGGUGGUGAGCGGAUGUUUACGUUGAGAGGGAGUGCGGAGCAGAACGAGAAGGCGUUGUUUUUGUUGUAUCAGCAGUUGGAGGGGGAGAAGGAGAGGAGGACUGAGGAGGCUGCUGCUCAGGCUGCGCAGGCUGAGCAGGAGUAG